AUGGUCCGGCUCUGCUCUACGCCGUUGAAGCCGCUGCCUGUGGACGUGGCUGCAACGCGUGCACUGGUGGCGAAGGUACCGUCGUCAGUGGCUGCACGAGAGUAUGUGCGCACGCUGGCGACGACCACGUACGGACGCUGCGUGCUUGGACUGGCGGGGUUCUUGACGUUUGUGACUGAGCACAUGGCGACGUUCGUCACGCGCGUGGAAUGUGACGUGGGUGCUGAUGAUCGACGGAUCAUGCAAGAGAUGCUGUGGCUGCUUGCGGAGACGGUGGUUGACGAAGACAAUGCAACGUUUAUCGCGCGUAUUGGAGCACACCCUUUGCUGAUGCGUCUGAUGGACCACGAGAAGGAAGACAUACGAGAGGCAGCUGCUGCGGUCGUCUCCGGUUGCACCAGUAGUCCAUCUGCUAUCACAUUCCCGCACCGUGUCCGUCAAGUGGGCGAAGUCGAACGUUUGUGGCCGCGUGCGGUGCCACUGCCUUUCGACGUCCGCGAUGGUGCUGUCAAGAAUCCGGACGGCAGCCAAAGCACGCUGCAUGUGCUCAUUCGUCAGGUCCCGACUCGCAUGACAGGCCAGUGCAAGACGGGUUACUUGCUUUGGGGCGCAGCGUUUGUUCUCGCUCGCUGGAUCCAUAAGCACCGCGACCUGUUCACAGGCAAAAGUGUGAUCGAGGUGGGCAGUGGUCUUGGACUUGGAGGUAUCACGGCGGCACGAUAUGCGGGCUACACUACACUUACGGACUACCAGGCUGAUACGUGUGCAGCGCUGGAGUAUAACGUGCAGCUCAACAAACCGUUUACACACGAGUUUGAUUCGGCAAAACCGGAAGUGAAGGUAUCGGUUCUGGACUGGGACCUGGCUGAAAGUAUUGAGGCUGUGCCUACAGCCCAGGUGGUCAUUGGCAGCGACAUUAUUUGCGAGCCAAGCACCGCCGAAGGGUUUCUGCGUGUUGUGCGACAUCACUUGCUGAGCGACGCCAACAGCGUGGCUUACCUCGUGAACGCCAACAGCCACAGUCGUUUCGGCGUUGUUCACCUGCACGCGCUCUUGGCUGCAAGCACCGAUCUGUCCUACAGCAUAACACGAGUUGGUGAACUACCUGACGGCGCUGAGCUGCUCGAGACGGUCAGCGACGCGCUGGAACUGGCCUACGAACUCUAUGAGAUUCGUACAGCAUGUAGCUAG